GAGCUUCAGAGAGAAACUGUGUAAACUCUUUAUUUCUCUUAUUAAUAUUAUUUCAUUAGUAUCAUAUUAAUCUCCCUUCGUGUGAACGCUCCAGUCGGAAACUUCUCCAGGAUGUUUCCCUGCAGCGCUCUGCCGCCUCCUCUCUACCCGGGCUUACUGCCUCCUCCCGCGGGCUUCUCCUCUCCGCUCCCCCGCUCCCUGCGCUCCGGCUUCCUGGUGGAGGACCUGCUCCGGCUGAGCCAGCCCGUGUCCUACCUGCACCGGGGCCUCUCCUCCAGGGGCCCCGGGGACGUGCUGCAGCUCAGCCCGCGGCCGGGCACCGAGCCGGGCUCCGGGCAGCAGAGCCGCAGCAGCCCCGGGUCCCUGCAGACCUCCUGCCCGGACUCCGGGUUCCUCAAGUUCGGCGUCAAUGCGAUUCUGGCCCCGUCCACACGGAGCGUUCAGAGUUUCCAGAAGUCGUUUCCUUUACCGUUCUUUGACGGAGGCUUGCAUCCUUUCAUCAGAGCCACUUAUCUCACAGCCUCCUCCUCCGUGAUCCCCGUCCCGGGAACGUUUUCCUGGCCCCUGGCCCCCAGAGGGAAGCCCAGGAGGGGCAUGCUGCGGCGGGCCGUGUUCUCCGACCUCCAGAGGAAGGCGCUAGAGAGAACCUUCCAGAAACAGAAAUACAUCAGCAAACCAGACAGGAAGAAACUCGCCGGUAAACUGGGUCUCAAGGACUCGCAGGUGAAGAUCUGGUUUCAGAACCGCAGGAUGAAAUGGAGAAACUCGAAGGAGCGGGAGCUGCUGUCGACCGGCGGCUGCCGCCAGCAGACCCUCCCCACCAAGACCAACCCGCACCCCGACCUCACCGACGUCGGCAGCGCCACCUGCUGCCACCGGCUCGACAGAACCACACCCGACAGCCAGGAGUCACAUCUGCACCACCACAGUCGUCACCACCAUCAUCAUCAUCACAGCCCCUCGUCUCCGUCAGAGUCCAGCAAACAGUCGGAGCUCUCAGAGUCGGACGGUGAAGAAAUCAACGUCUCGUAAAGAUUUUUAUAAAACCCUCCACGAUAAAGAGAAACUGAGACUUAAAGAGAAGAUGUGAGUGGAGGUCAGAUCCAGAUGUGCCUUGUCCACAGCGGUUUCUCCUCGGUGCCAUAUUCCUGUACAGUGUUUGUUUCACAUCUAUAUGAACCUCAGUGCAUCUAUAUACAGUAAAGAAGGUACACUGAGCGCUUUUAGAUUUAAUAUUUGUAGAUUUAAAUGUUUAACACUUUCAUGUACAAAUUUUUCUUUCCCUACAUAUUUUGUAUUCUCUAUAUUUUCUUAAAUAAAUCGUACAAAAGUC